AUGGAGAAUAAGAAGAAAUCUGCGACAAAUGAAAAGGUAAGCAAGUAUAUACCUCAUGAUAUUGCCUUCUCUAUUCUACACAAACUACCUCUUAAGUCUUUAAAGCGAUUUGGAUGCGUUCGUAAAUCAUGGUCUCUCUUAUUACAAGACACUCGUUUCAUGAACAUGUUCCGCAACAAUUUCAUAUCUAACUCUCACCGUUAUCACGACGGAGCACCUAUCAUGCUAAGGGUUUAUGAUGCCUUUCAAUCCGGUCAUGAUGUUUUGUAUUCUUUUUCUGGUCACAGGUUUGAGAAUAAAAUCAAAUUAGAUUGCCCAAAUCUAUUUGAAGAAGAAUUGAACAAUUUUAAGAUUUUUGGUCUAGGUAGUAGCGAUGGCACUCUUUGUCUUCAUGGACUACUUGGACUAGAUUCUUGCAAAAUUACAUUAUGGAACCCAAUUACCGAUCUAUUCAAUCCCAUUCCUCCCAGUCCGGUUGAGUCUUCUCUUCCAGACGCAGCUAAGGUUAUUUUCACCGUUGUUUCUAGUCUUCAUGGCUUUGGUUAUGACCGUGGUACAUGUGACUAUAAGGUCAUUCGUCGUGUACACUUACAAUGUGAUGCCAAUCUUGAAUACGUGCCAUCCAACGAUAUACUUGGAGAUUCACCUUUAGACCAGUACCCCAUAUGGGAGAUAUAUAGCUUAAGAAGUAAUUCAUGGAAGAAACUUGAUUUUGACAUGCCGGGUUAUGUAUCUUGUAUUGAGGGCAUCCAAGCGUACAUGGAUGGGUUCUGUCAUUGGUUGUGCGUACAUAGAUGUCGAAUGAUACCAUGUUUGGUAUCAUUUGACUUAAGCAAUGAUGUGUUCUUCAAAACACCAAUACCCUCAUACGUUGAUGAUUGUUUUGAUGUUAAAGCAAAGUGGAUAAACUUGGCGGUGUUAAAUGGGUUCAUUGCCUUACUCUCAUAUAAUGAAAAAACUACAACUUUUCACAUAUCAAUUUUGAACGAACACGGCGUGAAAGAAUCAUGGACAAAACUCUUCGUUAUUGGAUCGAUGUCUUGCGUUAAGUACCCCAUUGGAAUGGGGACAAAGGGGGAAAUAUUCUUCAUAAGAAAAGAUAAAAAACUAGCUUGGUUUAAUUUGAGCACCCAAACGAUUGAGGAGCUUGCUUAUAAACCAAUGUGGUAUAGCUGUCGGAUAAUAAUUUACAACAAGAGCAUAUUUCCGAUUGAGGAAUAA